CCCAUUUGCCCUUUAUAUAUAGCCUGUCUCCCUAGGCGCUACCCUCUUCUCUUUCUCUAUUUCCUCCAAUCCUCCUCCCUCUUGUAUUUUCUCCAGCUCUGCACACAGUUAUCUCAUCUGGUAGCUCUGUCUAUCUGUUUCUCUAUCUGGGUCAGAGAUAACCACCAAGACGAGGGCAAAUGAUGAAGGACGAGUGGGUCACGGAGGCGUUAGUGGAUGACAUGGUAGUGGUGGAGCUGCUGUGUCGGCUCAAACAGUCAUCGCCGGAACCACCGCCGGUUCUUCCGCCGCUAGGGUGGGGUAACCGUCAGCCGCGGUCGAAGCUGGUCACGAUGAGGAAGGAGUCGUCGACGACGUUUAGUCCUACGACGCCGCUGUCUUGGAGCGGCGGCGUUGGCGGCUCCGCUACGCCUAGCGACGGUGAGUCCAGCCUGCCAUCCGAUCUAUCCUCCGGUGCCAGAUCCAAGGGCCCUUUUACAAGCGAAAUCAACUCCAUGUGCACUACCACCAACGCUUCAAGAAGAAAGAAGACUUUCAGUGAACUUAAGGAGGAAGCGAAUGUACUGUUGAAGGAAAGACGACAUUUGAAGAGGGAGUUAGCAUCUAUGCAGGUAACUCUGAAAGAACAGAGGGACAGAAGGGAGAACUUAAAGAGAAUCAAGCUUGAUUUGAGUAUGCAAUCAGAAAAUAAAGUAGAUGCACCAUCAGAUGAACCAGAUGCAGCAUUUUCCGAUCAGUGUAAAAAGAUGGAAACAUAUUCUUUUGAUUGUGCACAUUCAAUUUUGCAAACACAUGGUCCACCUGAUGAGGUAGCAUCAUCUGAUUCCAAUAAGUUUCAAAAAGAUGUUGAGGCCCAGAAACAAUGCUUCAUGCUACCUGAUCUAAAUAUGCCGGCAUCUGAGGAAGAAAGGGGUUUUGAGACUACAUAUGGGAUGAGCUGAGGAGAAACUAUGCUUUUUUCUCUUCGUUUCUCUAAAGUAAGUGGCGAUCAUAGUCUCAAGGGGCUGCCUGCUUGGGUCAAUAAAGAUGAUCUGCUCAUCCUGAACUCGCAUAUGGCAAAUGGGUCGGUUUUGUAAAGUAGGGAAAAUCAUCGUCACCCAGAAGCACAGCCACAGAUAUAACGACUCAGCAUAUGCCCUUUUUGUGGAUUAUUGAGAAGCAAAAGAAGCUGGCAAAUAGUGAAGAGGAUUUUCAGGGCAGUGCAGAGAUUUUAGUGGUCAGACGUGUACAUAUUUGUAUUUUCCCUUAGGGUAACCUUGGUUACUUGAUUUGAAUCAUAAAUAUUAUUUCAUUCCUUUCUAAGUGUAUUGUUGCUAGAUGCUAUAUAAACUUAUUGAAGUUAAUGUCACAAUUUUGCCUACUCUUGGCUCCAUCAGAUCAUUUGAAAUGAGCAGAAUCAGAAUCAUGCAUUUGCAGACAUGAUCAUAAUGGAUUGAGAACUUGCACACAUUGAUUUUCUAUCUGACCCCACAAAACCACUUGUGUC